CACUCAGCCUGUUUAUCAGGGCCAGCAGUACGAGCACCAGCAGGGGUAUCCACCUACAUACGACGACCCACAACGUUCACACAACUAUCCUCCAAACGUGAUGCACGAUAAUUCGCAACCUUCUACUUGGGAAAGGACUAUUUCACUCAACAAUUCUACAGUCGUCGCUACAUCGCAGACAAACAUUGCUUCAGUCUUCAAUCGACUCGACCUCCAAUCUUACAUCGGAACCGCCUAUGUCCUCGGAUCUACCGUCUUCCUUCCCAUCUUUGCCACUCUCGCGGAUGUUUUCGGCCGCUACAUGGCGAUGCAAUUAUCGAUGGUGAUUUUUCUCAUCGGUUCUGCUCUCAGCACUGGUGCAGCAAACAUGCCAAUGUUGCUCGUCGGGCGAGGUAUCUCCGGUAUUGGAGCCGCUGGGCUACUUUCGAUCGUGCGAGUCAUUCUGGCAGACUCGGCUAAUAUCGAAGAUAAUAACGUACAGGGGGCUCUCAUGGUUCUCAUGUACGCGAUUGGUUAUGUCCUUGGUCCUAUUCUCGGUGGUGUCCUCUUGAAGGCCAAUUGGAGAUGGGUCUUUGGGAUCAA